AUGCAGACCAACAACCACGUCGGUAAGAAGGAUCAGACUUGCAACGGAGGUCUCCAAUCCUUCUGUUGCUCAAACUUCAAAGCUCCACCUUCAUUGCAAAGUCUCGGCAAAGAUGCAGCGGACGCUGCGAAAAGUGCGGCAGAAGCUGCAGCGCAGCAGCUUGCACUUGAUGUGGCUGCAAAGGCAUUCUGCCGCGUGGCGGUCCCUGCGCUUCUCGCACCUCUCGAGCUUCUUGAAGAUCUCAUCCCAAUCUUCGGUAUGAUCCAUGUUCCAGGAAUGUGA